UGCAUGGGCGGGGUUCCACCCUUCCAAGACAUCUGUUGGCCCUGUUGAUUUUCUGUAGAGCUCUUCCUUUAUUAUUGCCAUCUUAUCAGUCUUUGUGAAGGCGCCCUGGCACGCAAUUGCCGCUGCUGACAAGCAUGAGAUUCGGCCAGCAGCUCAAGCAGUCGCUGAACCGCGAUUGGGUUUUCAACUACAUCGACUAUGAGGGAUUGAAGGCGACGCUGCGCGCUCCUCGCGCCUGGGACCACAAGACCGAGCAGAGCUUCAUCGAGCAGCUCGAGGGCGAGCUAGACAAGGUCUACACCUUCCAGAAAGUCAAGGCUGAAGAGAUCAUCCGCCGGAUUGCUGCGUCCGAGAAGGAGGUCACCGAUGUCGUGGGCAAGGUCGACAGCAAUACGCUUGCGCCGGGCGAGGAGUCGCCGUCCGAGGAGGACUUUGAGCUGCUCGAGGAGGACCUGAGCGACAUCAUCGCCGACGUGCACGAUCUUGCCAAGUUCACCCAACUGAACUACACAGGCUUCCAGAAGAUCAUCAAGAAGCACGAUAAAGUCACUGGCCUCGCGCUCAAGCCUGUUUUCGCGACCCGCCUCAAGCAGAAGCCCUUCUACCAGGACAACUACGAUGCUUACGUUGUUAAGCUCUCGAAACUCUACGAUACCGUCCGAACGCGCGGCAACCCAGUCAAGGGCGAUUCAUCCGCCGGAGGCAAGCAGCAGAACUUCGUCCGCCAAACGACCAAGUACUGGGUCCACCCGGACAAUGUGCUCGAGCUCAAGCUCAUCAUCCUAAAGCACUUGCCAGUCUUGGUUUUCAACGCCAGCAAGGCAUUUCUCGAGGACGACACUGCCAUCUCUUCCAUCUACUUUGACAAUACGGAUACGUGGGAGCUAUAUGAGGGUCGUUUGAAAAAGACCGAAGGAGCCGAGGCUAUCCGCAUUCGCUGGUAUGGUGACAUGUCCACUGAGACCGCUUUCAUUGAGCGCAAGACACAUCGCGAGGACUGGACAGGCGAAGAGUCGGUCAAGGCUCGUUUCAAGCUCAAGGAGAAGAACGUGAACGCCUAUCUUCGCGGCGAGCUGACCCCAGAACAAAUAUUCGAGAAGGAGCGCAGGGAACAAAAGAGGCCCGAGAAGGACAUUGCGUCAGAUGAACAGCUGGCGCGGGAGAUCCAAUACCGCGUUCUCACCCGCAAACUCGGGCCCGUCACGCGCUCCUUCUAUCACCGUACUGCCUUCCAGCUUCCCGGUGAUGCCCGCGUGCGUAUAUCGCUGGAUACCGAACUCGCCAUGACGCGCGAGGAUAACCUGGAUGGCCGCCAACGUGCUGGAGACAACUGGCGCCGCAUGGACAUUGGUGUCGACUGGCCGUUCAAGCAGUUGCCUAAAGAGGACGUUGAACUUUUCCCGUACGCUGUGCUCGAGGUCAAGCUUCAGACCCAAGCCGGCCAGGAACCACCGCAGUGGAUCCGUGAAUUGACUUCAUCUCAUCUCGUUGAAGCCGUACCCAAAUUCUCCAAGUACAUCCAUGGAACCUCCACCCUGCAGCCUAAACGCAUCAAUCUACUCCCAUACUGGACGCCGCAGAUGCAUGUUGAUAUUCGCAAGCCUGUCAGCCACAAGUUUGGCAUUGAAAGACCUGGAGCAAGUAACGACAUCAGUUCUAGCGGUAACCUGGAUGAUGAUAGCGACGAUGAGGACGCAGGCCUGCCACCAGCACGUAAUGGCAGCCAGGAUGACGAAGACUUGAAGCGACUUCGCGAUGCGCGCGAUAUUCAGGAGCAAAACGAGCUUGACCGCCGUCGUGAUUAUGGUACGAUUGACAAUGGCGACGCGCCGAAUGCGCUUGAUGUAGAAGAGCGUAUCUCUGCGCAGCGACUCUAUGAUAGCGACCACCCAAUAUAUGACUCUGAUAGCGACGACGAAGAUGAGCUGGAAGUAGCUCGGCAGAAGGGCGGUUGGCAGUACCACUUUCUGGUCGCCAGGCAUAAGGCGAAAGCACUUAGCAGCACAGUAUUGAAUGGACUGGUAGCCGUCCUGCCACGACCUCGAGCAACCGACGUCGGCGAGGGUGGCUUCCAACUUGGGGUACCGAGUUGGAAACAGCCGGGUGAGGUCAAGCACUUCAAAGCACCCAAGGGAAAGCGCAUCCAUGUUCCCGUCCGCGUCGAACCCAAGGUCCAACUCGCCACCGAGCGAACCUUCCUCUCUUGGCUUGAAUUCAGCAUCCUCCUCGGCUCUAUCGCAGCCACGCUGCUCAACUUCGGCGACAGUCUUGCGCUUGCCGCUGCAUGGGCGUUCACCAUCAUUGCGGUCUGCGCUCUGCUCUACUCAGUUGGCCUAUAUCUAUGGCGGGUAAACAUGAUCAAGAAGCGGCGAGCUGUCACAUAUCACGACAAGGUCGGUCCGACGCUGCUUUGCUUGGGUCUUUUCGCGGCGGUGGCGGUGAGCUUUGGGUUCAGGUUAGGUGUUGGUGGGUGGAAUGGGGGUUUGAAGGGAUGAAUACGUAUAUGCAAGGGAUGAGCAGGAGUGCGAGAGGGUUUGUG